UAAAGAGCAACAGUGAUGGCUUCAGAAGGCAAGGCUAUCGAUGUCAGCCAAUUAUCGCUCCAGCAAUUGUCUGGUGUUAAAAAGCAAAUCGACGAAGAACUUUCACACCUCACACAAUCAUAUGCACAACUCAGAAGAGCUAUGAUACAGUUCAAACAGUCGGCUUCUGCCGUCGCUGAAAUAAACCCUGCGAAUAAAGAGAAAAAGGUGCUCGUGCCAUUGACAACCUCGCUAUACGUUCCAGGGAAGCUUACAGACGUUGAGAAUGUUCUAGUCGAUAUUGGUACUGGCUAUUACGUCAAGAAGACAACCCAGGAAGCUGAUAAACACUACAAGAGCAAGGUUGAUUACGUAAACAAGAAUCUGGAGACACUUCAACAGACACUCGAGAAGAAACAAGACAAUGCAAAUGUUGUAGUGCAGAUAAUGCAAGCUAAGCUUAGUGCCGGCGAGAAACCAUAAAUAGCUUUUCAGGAACACCCGAGCGUCCUCAAAUUCCUCAAAUAAGACCUAAAAUAGCAUGUCUCAGUAUCAUGGCGUGGAAUGUAACAUAUUUAACAGCAUAGCUGAUCGCAUAAAUGCCCAUUUUUAAUAUCUCAACAAACCCUGAUCAAACGGCCCGUGCAGGCCACU